AACGGAGGUUAGUGGCCUUCCCUAUGUUCCUUCUUUAUUGUUCAAUUUCUCUAGUUUGAUUGAAUCCAGUUUCUUUUAUCAAUUGUAAAGCAUGAAAAACUCUCUCUUUCGUCGGUUUUCAACUUUACUUGAUUCUCAUAAGCCCUUAUUUUCUGGGAAUUUGGGAGCAAGGAACUGGAAUCCAAUUCCAAUUCCCAAUAGAAAGCUUCUUGAACCUAAAGGUCAAGACUUUGAUUUUGUUCAUGUUGCACAUAGCCAUCUAAUUCAUUCGGAUUGGAAUAAGCUUAGUUCAUUAUCAAACCAUUUGACACCUUUUAGAGUUAAGCGUAUUUUGCUAAAGAUCCAGAAAGAUCAUGUUCUUUCGAUGGAAUUUUUCAAUUGGGUCAAAACCCAAAACCCUAAUGCUCAUACGCUUGAAACCCAUUCUAUUAUUCUUCACAUUCUUACCAAAAAUCGAAAAUUUAAACCUGCUGAGUUUAUUUUGAAGAGUAUUCUCGUGUCAGAUUCAAUAGAUUUGCCUGAUAAGUUGUUUGAAGCCAUCCUUUAUUCAUAUAGGAUGUGUGAUUCCUCACCUAGAGUGUUUGAUUCACUAUUUAAGACAUAUGCACAUAUGAGAAAGUUUAGAAAUGCUACAAAUACAUAUUUGCGUAUGAAGAGUUACGGAUUUUUGCCCACUGUUGAGUCUUGCAAUGCUUAUUUGAGCUCUUUGCUUGAUUUAGACAGAAUGGAUAUUGCUUUGUCAUUUUAUAGAGAAAUGAAGCGAUGUAGGAUAUCAUCAAAUGUGUAUACUUAUAACAUGGUUGUGCGUGCUUUUUGCAAAUUAGGAAAACUUGAGAAGGCUGUUGAGGUAUUUAAGGAAAUGGAUAGUGUGGGAAUUAGUCCUAAUGAUACAUCUUACAAUACCUUGAUUGCGGGGUAUUGUCGUAAUGGUCUUUUGAACUCAGCUAUGAAGCUCAAAAACUUGAUGAGGGAGAGGGGAGUUGAGGCAAAUGUGAUUACAUUUAACACUCUUGUUUAUGGGUUUUGUAAAGAAGGGAAACUACAAGAAGCUAGUAAAGUUUUUAAUGAGAUGAAAGUCCUGAAUGUGGCUCCCAAUACCGUAACUUACAAUACUUUGAUAAAUGGGUAUAGCCAAGUGGCAAAUAGUGAGAUUGGCAGUAGGCUUUAUGAGGAGAUGUUGAGGAAUGGGGUUAAAGCUGAUAUAUUGACAUAUAAUGCCUUGAUUUUGGGCCUCUGCAAGGAGGGUAAGACCAAGAAAGCUGCAUUUAUGGUUAAAGAACUUGAUAAAAAGAAUUUAGAUCCAAAUGCCUCAACCUUUGCUGCCCUUAUUACUGGGCAGUGUACAAGAAGUAACUCUGACCGUGCUUUUCAAUUGUACAAAAGUAUGGUGAGGAGUUGUUACCAUCCAAAUGAAAAAACUUUCAUCAUUUUGCUUUCUGCCCUCUGCAAGAAUGAGGAUUUUGAAAGAGCAUUUACAGUCUUGAUGGAAAUGUUCGAAAGAUGUAUGGCUCCUGGUUCAGAUGUUGUAUUGGAAAUUUACCAUGGACUUUGCCAAAGUGGUAAAGAUCAUUUGGCCAAAAAGUUAUGCUGUGAGAUGGAAGCUAGACAUAUCAUGACAGAAAGUUUUGACAAAGCUAAACCUAUUGAGUGAGGACUGAAAGUGAGAUUUAAAGCUCCCUUGCUUUCAGCUUUGCAUGGAAGUAUAGCUGUUAAUCUAUGAGCAAAACCAAAUUCUUGUUCUGAUAACUCGUCCUUCUUUGUUCAGUUGCUGGGGUGGACAUUUGAAGGUGAUGGAUAGACAGGUUAAAGGUAGUAGGCAUAUAUAUAUGAUAUAAUUCUUCAAUUGGCAAAGCAUUACUGGGACCAGAGGCUUUAUAUUGAAUCCAACCUGGAGAUUGGGAUUCUAAAAAUGAUUACAUUUCAAAAUUUUGUUUCAUUGUCAAUCAUUUAAUUUGGCAAAAAUUUUACUUCAAUAAAUACAAAUUGAAGAAACUAGUUGAAGAAUGCCAGAAUCCGAUUCAGUCAAACCAUUCAAGGAGGGUAGGAAGAAAUCCUUGGAAAAUGGGCUUUUAUAUUCAAGCAUACCAACUGGAAUUAUUGAAAAAUUUAUAUUAGUUUUUUUACUUGUUUAUUUUGACCCUUUGACUGAAAUAGUUAAAAAUGAUUCUAAUUUAAAA